AUGGAGAGAAACACUGAGGCUUUUGUCUGCGAACACGACAAGGCUGAUGUUCCGCAAGAUGUUUCUUCGGUCCAUUUCCAAGCGUCAGAGGUGUCAAGCAGAAUUUGUGCUCGACGUCGAUCUCUGGUCAGGGUUCAUUUCGACGAAGGACUCAAAGUGAUUGGUGAAGAGGCGUUCUUUGGUUGCUCUGCAUUGAAAGACUUGGGUCUCCCAUCGACUGUCAACAGUGCGGAAGCUGGAGUUUUUGCGGAAUGUACAAACCUGACACAGAUCGACAUUGCCAAGACAAAGCUAUCAGAGAUUGCUCCAAGAACAUUCCAAAACUGUUAUAAUCUGCGAAAAAUAUUGUUACCAUCAACUGUGGGUGAGCUUGGUGAUGAGGCUUUUCAAUGUUGCAUGCAGUUGGUGUCCGUAGAAAUUGUGGUGGGCGGUCAACAAAUGUCACGUAUUGGCACAAUGUGCUUUGAAGGAUGUGAGUCGUUGCGAAACCUGAGUUUGGGAGGCUGUUCGGAUGAACUGAUGAUUGGAGAAGACGCGUUUGAAGCUUGCGAGUCCCUUCUCGAAUGUGUUCAUUCCGAAGAAGCCCUUGUGAAGACGCUGAAGAUGCGCUUCCACGGUCUGGAUUUGCACAACUUGUGCUAUGGCCAUGCUCUGAAAAGUCAAGAGGAGCUAUCUAAGGAGCUUGGUUUGAUUGAUACAUCGAUUACCUCCCAACAGGAUGCUUUUGGGAUGACCGCACUGCAUAUUAUGGCAAUGGCCGAUUGUCCAAGCCUUGUCCUUUCCGAAGCACUCCUGGAGAGAAACAGCCGCGAUUUGCUGGUCGAGAACCAUUGGGGAGACCGACCUUUGCAAGAAGCUUGCGCAUGUGGGGCUCCGUUGGAGCUAAUCAAAUUGUUCGUCGAGAAGCUUAUCACCAGUUUUCCACAAGAAACUCCGGAUUGGUUGUCCCUGAUCCACGAGUCUGAUCACAUUGAGACCAUUCAAUAUUUGGUGCGAAAGAGCCUUGACAAAAAGGUCAACGAGUUGGGAUUGGAGAGAUGGAAGACUGCAAUCUUUAGCUCCUUGCAAGAUAUUGGAAGUGCCCCAAGAGCAAAUGCUAUGAUUCACUACAAUCGAACUGAACUUACUGGAAAGACGCGGAUCGUGCAACAAGUCGGCUAUAUUCAGCACAACCUCGAUACUCUCUUGCGGUUGGAAUGCUUGUCGCUGUUGGAGCUCGCCAUUUGGAAAUGUAAAAUGGCCAUAUCGCCUCCAGAUAUGGAUAGAAAUACCAUCCACAUACAAUGCGGUGUAGGGGUGGUGAUGAAGAACAUCCUUCCGUUUCUAGAUCCAAUCGGUGAGCAAGUGGCAGUGUUGUGA